AUUUAUCCCAGAUAACUUUCCAAAAGUUUAAUUAACAUAGGAAUUUUUUGUGUCGUUUCAGUUUAUAAAUAAAUUCAGUUUAUCUAAAGUUGUGCAAGGGAAAUUAAAUUUUAUUUUAAAAGGACAAGCAGAUGAUCACAUUUGCAACCAAAAUCACCAGAAUGUUAAGCCUUGGUAUUGUGCUGGUUUUAUGUGCAUCAUUCGUGACGUCAGCAGUUACGGAAACAUGCAAUGAGAUGCCAUCAUGUUCUCUUUUUCCAAACCAAGACCGCGGUAUUGUGUCUGUACAAGACAUGAUCCAGGAAGUGCAGUCAAAACAUUGGAUAAUGAUUUACUACUCGCAAUUUUCGACCAAACAGACGUAUGGUAAAUGUAACUUUAGGUGGAAUGCUCCCGACUCCGACCAAAACAUACGGAAGGACUUAAUGUGCUACAACAUUGACAUUGAAAAAUGUGAAAGCUUCGAUCAAAUUGUCAAACGCAAGGUGUCUGACUGCAGUCGAGUCGAAGAAUACGAAAAUACCAAAUUGUAUUCGAAGUUUUACAGUCAAGAUUUGAAAACGUAUGUUUGGUUCUACACAUGUUAUACGUCCGAUGAAGGCAACGAUUGCACUGCAGAAUAUAUUGACCUUCUCGUCAGCAAAAAUAAAUUCCCUGAUUCGAGCGAUAGUGAACUUGAUCUUCAGGGUCUUCCUUGGCAUCUUAUAGCUACAGACCUGAAAACUCAUUUUAACAUGGAUAUGUCCGAUGACAAAGUGAAAUUUUCGUGGAAAGGACCAGAAUGUGGAUUUGAUGGCAAAGUGAUCAAAACUAGCGGUGCGAGCAAUGGCAGACAGAACAUCGUUGCUUUCUUUGUUAUCAUGUCAUUAUACACGCUUCUAUUCUAAAUAUAUAUAAGUAUUUUACUUAUACAAGGGAUGGUCCAGAAACACCCGGUAUAAAGCCAUAAAUCCAGUUAUAUUAAUUAAAAGUUCAUAUAAAAACAAUGCGUAAUAUAUCCUUUUUAUAUUGAAACAAGAAUUAUAACAAUCAAACACAUUAAGAUCACCACAGGCAUAUCUAAGCAAACAUAGUGAUGCACAUACUGCGUAAAUGGUAUCAGAACGCCAUAAGCAGUGAAGUCAAAACAAACAUAAAUGUUUCCAAAGUAUUUACCGCUGUGUGCGCCAAUAAGGUCGAUGCCUAAUAACUCAUAAGGUGAAUGAUAAUGUUCUUAUGCAAUAAAGAGUCAUCUGUUUAAAAAUGCGGAUGUCCCUUACCGCUAGUUUGGUGUGCUUACAACUCAAAUCUAUACGUCUUAUACAAUUGUUGUUUGAUAGUGGAAAAAUCAAACUUAUCUUAAGUUAAAGACAUAAAAUAUAUCCAUUUCUUUAUAUCAUUUGAAUAAAGUUGUGUAUGAUAAAAUUAGAUAUUUAAAAAAAAAACGACAAAUAAAAUGU